GUGUGAGCAGGAGCCAGAACCCAAGAGAGUGUUGAGAAUACAGCUUCCCUGCUCCAUGGCCACAUCCUUUUGGCUGAUGCUGGCUGUCUGCUGGCUCCUGGGGGGCUCGGGAGCUCAGAACCACAAAACAGCAACAGAGAACUGCCCUGAACAGAAGUCUGCCCCGCGGAGCUUUGUCCCGCAGAUGAAGUGCAACAAGACAGUGCUGGGGAAUCAGCAGACAAAGGCAAUCAAAGCAGCCUCCAAUGUACUGCUGGUGCCCCUCAUGUAUGUGGUGGCCUUCCUGGUGGGGCUCCCGGCCAACCUGCUAGCACUAUGGGUGCUUGUAUUCCACACGCAGAAGCUGCCCUCCACCACCCUGCUCAUCAACCUGACGGUAGCAGACCUGCUGUUGCUGCUGGUUCUGCCCUUCCGUGCUGCCUACCACUUCGCUGGCAGUAACUGGACAUUUGGUGAGGUGAUGUGUCGCCUGGUCAUGGCGCUGCUCUAUGGCAGCAUGUAUGGGUCUGUGUUGUGUCUUAUGCUGGUCAGCACCGACCGCUACGUGGCGUUGGUACACCCUUUUGGUGCCAGGAGCCUGCGCAGCCGCCACACCUCACUGCUUAUGAGCUUGGCUGUGUGGAUCGUGGUCUUUGCUGCCAUGCUGCCCCUGCUUCUCUCUCAUCAGUCCUACAGGCUGGAUGACCCACCGAUCACCACCUGCCAUGAUACUCUACCCAUAAAGGAGCAGACGUCCUUCUUCUUCCCUUACUUUGCCAGUCUCUUUGGCCUCUGCUUUCUGAUCCCUCUGCUGGUGAUCUUGUACUGCCACGGUGCUGUAUUGUGCACCCUGCUGGCCAGUGGGCGACGCUAUGCCCACGCUGCAUGCCUCACUGCCCUUGUUCUAGUGGCCUUUCUCGUCUGCUUCCUUCCCAGCAAUCUCCUCCUCCUCCUGCACUAUUCAGAUGUGUAUGCAGAUGGUGGUGAGCAAGCACUCUAUCUACCCUACAUGAUCAGCCUGGCCAUCAGCUGCUUUGGCCCCUGUGUUGACCCCUUCAUGUACUACUACGUGUCUGAUGACUUCAGGGCCAAAGUGCGGAGAGUACUUUGUUGUCGUGGUGCUGGGGACAAGCAGUCAUCCAGCAAACCGGUCACCAGCUCAUCAGGCAGUGGCCCAUCCAGAAGCACCUUGCUGUCUAAGUCCUACAGAGACCAGAGGACAGUGGAAGAGACGGCCAGUGGAAGAACAGUGCAUCCUUGAUGGUCACCCAAUCCCUGACUGUGCUUGUGGGGGUAUCCCAUUUUAAUGCAGUAUUGAAUGUUUUUAAUUUCAAAGAUGCUUUUUGAGUUGUGUAAGUCUGUGUAAAUAGCAAUUUAGAUUACUGGAAUAAUUGUGAAUUGGAAGAAUUGACUGGGAAGUAGUACCAAGUGCACAUCAGGAGUGUUUCAAUAUAUCAAUUCAUACUUUGCAUUACAAAAGUGAGGGCAGUUAGUGGGACAUUUAGAUUUCACAUGCCGUUCUGAUUUAAGGCAGAAGUCAAGACAUUGUUCUUGCUCAAUAUAAAAUACACCACACAUGGCUGGUACCAAGUAUGGGAAAUGUGACAGAAACCGCAAGGUUCAACUCUAUGUCUCACACCCAGAUCAGAAGGGCAUGGAGUCUCUCUUCUCUAUUUGUUAUUUCUAAACAGUGAUCUAAACGGUGUCUUUCUGCUGCUGUUUCCAAAGCAACUAAACAAAUAAACGAAGAAGUUAAA